AUGGAUCCAGAAUUGAAGCUGCCUCAGCUGCCGUCUCUUGUUAUCAUCAUCGCUUCGAAUGUUUUAUUGCAGAUCUCUUUCUUCAUCAUCGUGUCGUCGUCCAACGACUAUGCGAUUCACCUGGGAGGCAAUUCUACGUUCUCUGGUGUGGUCAUCGGUAUACCUACCGUCUUUUCUGCAAUUGCUUUAGUACCUUUGUUGAAGUACGAUGGAGGAGGGUACAGGCUGCCGCUUCACGUUAGCUGUGCAGCAUCCAUCGUUGGACUGCUAUUGUAUGCCCUGGCAUACCCAGUGGACUACCUCUACCUCAUCCUUCUCGGGCGUAUCGUCAACGGGAUCGGCUUCUCCAUGUGGAUGUACUGCAAGCGCUACUGCUCAGACCCACGCAUCGUCGGGGUCCGCCGUCGGACAACCCUAGCCAGUUGGCUCGUCAUGGGCCAAGGAGUGGGCAUGACCCUUGGUCCAUUCGUCGGUGGACUGCUAUACAAGGAGGUCGGAUUUUCGAACAAAUGGUUCAAUGGGUUCACGAGUCCUGCGUGGAUAAUGGUCGGUAUCUGGGUGUUAUUCUGGGGAGCGGUGCAGAGGUGGUACAAGGAUCCUGUUGACGAGCAGUCCAGAGCUGGAAACAGCUCGGUAGAGCAGGCCGUGGAGGAUAUUCCGAUGACUGUGAUGUCUUCAACUGAAAAGACGCCUUCAGAGGCAACGUCUCAUCCUUCAUUGGCUUCUCGUCACCAUCCCGUCCCUGCCUCCGAGUCACCCGUGCCGUCAAUCCCCCCUCCAGCUCGCCGACGACUUUCUUCGUCUCAAUGGGCCGUCUCCAUAUGCAUGUGCUGGUUUGCAAUGACUUGUUUCUUCAUCCUUGGAGCCUGGGAAGCCAAUAUACCGGUGUUUGGUUCGUCCUCAGUCUCGAAUCUGCACUGGACACCGUUUUCCUCAGGAAACUACAUUGCCCUCGGCGGUCUGACGACAUUCCCAUUCCUUCUGCUCAAUGUUAUAUAUGCUCGCCGUUAUCAAGACCGAACUACCCUAGCGCUCGGCUCUGCGCUCGGGAUGGUCUCGCUUAUAGUCUUCAUUGCACUAUUAGAGGCAAAUGACGACCGUGUUCAUGCUGCCGCUGUGGUGGUAUGUUGGUGGGCGGUCGCUCUUGGGUUCAACUUGGCAAGUACGGUCACGUUGAGUUUGUUGAGCAAACAGACGCCAGGAGAUUGGAAUAAUUGGACGUCUUUGGCGAUUCAGUACAGCAAUUACACGGGAAGAGUUACAGGUGCUGUCUGGGGAGGAAGUGGAGUCGCUGUCGGAAUGGCAAACUAUGUUGGGUUGGAGAUUGCGCUAGUUGGUAUCGGUGGUGUGCUGUUCACGUCGUUUUGGAAGGAUCUCAAGGCAAAAGUUGGUUAA